ACACAAACCACUAGCAGCUACAUGUACACGAAAACAGUAGGAAAGGGAACCUCUUGAGUUUAAAAUGAACACUGAACAACCUUAAGUUAAAGAAGUAUAACACAGAUCACUGUCAGCAGCAGAAUCAGCAGAGGCAGCUACUCCUGCAUAUCUACAUCAGACAGUGGCUUCUGUGCGGUAGUUUGUGGAGAUGGUGUCCACUGUCUCCUCUUUUGAGAGUCAGCUGCUCUCCAUCAUGGAAGCAGUGGUGCGGACGGCGGUGCUGGAGAUCCGUAAACUGGUGGAUGUGGAGCGGGAGCUGCUGCGGGCGGAGGUGAGCCGCGGCCGGGGGGAGAUCAGCGCCCUGAGGAGGAGACUGAUGGAGCUCCAGCCCCGGACAAACACAACACACGCUCAUUCCUUUACUGCUGUCAAGAGUGAAUGUGCCCAAGAAGAUGUUCGCAAUCAUUUGAACAUCCGAAGAGGUGAGGUCUUUUUGGGAGAAAGCCCAUUAAUAAUUCAGCAAGACCAACUACCAAAGGAGAUCCCGCAGCAGAACUGUGAGAUAAACCAGCCGAUUAUUGUGGUAAAGGAUGAGCCACAUGAAGUAGAUGUUUGGACCGGUCAAGGCAACAGUGAAGAGGGAACCCACAGUGUCGAAGUCGUGUGCCUUUCACCCAUAAAGGAAGUGCUUAAAACUGUUCCUUGUAUUGACAGAGGAAGUAAAGAAAACACAUCAAAAGCUGAAUCGCCAGCCCUGAACAGAAACAGCCCACCUGCAAUAAUGCCGUUGAACCAAAUGGUGCAGUCGAUCUCAAAAAAAGGUAUCUCAGAAUCUGAAAAUGCUUCAUUUAGUCACUUACAGAGCUGGAGCGCUUCAAGGUCCACAAGAACAUGCAGUGCCACUUCUUUUUCAGCGGACAAGCGUUUUGUUUGCUCCUACUGUUCGAAGAGGUUCAGGUGUUUCAGUCAACUCACUAUCCACCAGCGGAGUCACACAGGUGAGAAGCCCUACAGGUGCACAAUCUGUGGAAAGAGGUACAUUCAGAAAGGACACCUGUACACCCAUCAGCGCACCCACACCGGAGAGAAGCCGUAUCGCUGUCCGCUCUGUGGAAAAGGCUUUAUUCAGAAAUGCACACUGGACAUGCAUCUGCGAAGUCACACCGGAGAAAAGCCCUACACCUGUGUGAAAUGUGGGAAAGGGUUUACCACAAAGUUUAACCUUAACAAACACCUGUCUUGUCAGUCAUGUGGCAACUUCAACUGCCGUUGGGGGAUCUUACGGGUAUUUUUUUUAACUUUCUCCGGGAUCCCGUUAAUGACAGACACCAUGAACACAGUCGAUUUUCAGACACAUUUAACGGCUAUAAUUGAAAUCAUGGCGAGAAGCGCUGCUGCGGAAAUAAGCAAACUAUUCGAGGAGAACUCACUGCUGCUGCGAAUGGAGAUUUUACGAUGUUCAAACGAAAACGAGUCUCUAAAAAAGAAAUGUCAGUUUCUGGAGACUGAACUUCAGUCCGCUCGGGAAACCGCAGGGGAGAUGAACGGGACACAAGCUCUUCACAGCGUGACAGAAACUGGACAACCUCCCACAAUCGACAAUGUGUUUGGUAAGGAAUGGUGCAUGAACCUCUGGAGACAGGAGGAGUCCAGGGUUGGAGAGCAAGAGGAUGCACAAAAGCCAAUAGAUUUGCUGGGUGAAGAACCAGAUGUGAUUAUGAUUAAGGAUGAGUCGAUGAAGAAUGCCAGUUGCUCUUUAAACAGUAUACCGGAGGACAACAAAAGCAGCAGUCUGACAGGACCAGCGAUGUCCAAUGAUGAGAGAUGUGGAGACCGGAACUCUGAUGAUUAUAUCACAUACACUGUGCCUUCAGACGAACAACCCCAACCGAACAUACAGCAGCCACAACCAGAAGAACAAAAUCUUCAUGGGACAGUUCAUGCGCAUGGACACAUUACGACAGGUGUAAAUUUCAACCACAUAAAAGUUGAAGCACAAAGGUUGAAAUACAGGUGUGUGUUCUGUGACAGACCCUUUAGAUAUAUAAGCCACUUGCAAAGACAUAUGCGGAAACACUCUGGAGAAAAACCAUACAUCUGCGCAGUCUGUGGUCGACGGUUCGCUCAGAAAACGUAUCUCACAACUCACAAACGCACACACUCCGGCGAAAGGCCGUAUGCUUGCAUUGAUUGCGGAAAGACUUUCUCUCAGAAAAGCUCUCUAAACGUGCAUCUCCGUUGCCACACUGGAGAGAAGCCAUUUAGCUGCUCGAAGUGCGGCAAAAGCUACGCGUACAAAAUUGCUCUUAAAACACACCGAUGUUAGAGUAGAAACGAGCCGUUACUGAAUAUCUU